GUGCACAGUACACACAACACUGCCUAUAUAAUUCGACGCUUCAUUAACUUUGUUAUCAUUGAAUGUCUUACCCUUGUUCACGAUCAGGAGAUGACGAAUAAGGUGGAAAAAAGCUACUUAAAUGUGUCGGGGCUAUGCUGUAGUUCAGAGGCGUCUUUAAUAGAGAGAAUACUGAAGCCACUCCCAGGAGUGACGGAAGUGACGGUGGUGGUGCCAUCAAGAACUGUCAUCGUUCAUCAUCAAUCCAUCCUUAUUUCCCAGAUCCAAAUUGUGGACGCUCUGAAUGAAUCAGGAUUGAAUGCAAGUGUCAAAGACAAAGCUGGAGAAGGGGAAAACAGUAACAAGAAUAACAAGAAGAAAUGGCCAAGCCCGUUUGUAUUAGGCUCGGGAUUCUUGGUAUUGUUAACCUUAAUACUCCAGCAUGUUUAUCGUCCUCUCCAUUACCUGGGCCUGGCUGCUGUUGCGCUUGCUAUCUUUCCCAUUUUCAUGAAAGCCGUUGCUGCUAUACGCCAUUUCAACCUCUCCAACAUCAACAUUCUUGUCCUUAUCACAGUUGCUGGAUCAAUUGUGCUAAAAGACUAUUUUGAAGCUGGGGCAAUAGUUUUCUUAUUCACAUUUUCUCAAUGGCUCGAGUUCAAGGCAAGUCACAAGGCUACUUCUGCUAUGUCAUCUCUCGUAGACAUAGUUCCUCAAACGGCAUUCAUUGCUGAAACCGGGGAAAGAGUGAAUGCUGAUCAAGUCCAGCUUAACACCAUUCUCUCCAUUAAGCCCGGUGAUGUUAUACCCAUUGACGGAGUUGUUGUACAAGGAAACUGUGACGUUGAUGAGAAAACUUUAACUGGUGAAUCUUUUCCCGUUUCAAAGCAAAUUGGCUCCACUGUUUGGGCCGGCACCAUCAAUCUAAAUGGUCAUUUAAACGUUAACACUACUGCUCUACCGGAAGAUUGUGUGGUGACUAGGAUGGCAAAUCUUGUUGAAGAGGCACAAAAGAAUAAAUCAAAAACCCAAAGAAUUGUUGACAAAUUCACGAAAUAUUACACCCCGUUUAUCAUAGCUAUAGCUCUCUGCUUAGUGAUUGUUCCCUCUGCAAUAGGAGCACACAAUUUAAGUGAGUGGUGCCGCUUGGCAUUGGUUGUUUUGGUGAGCGCAUGUCCUUGUGCACUCGUCCUCUCCACCCCAGUUGCUGCCUUCUGUGCUCUUUCAAAUGCUGCUAAAUCAGGUCUUCUUGUCAAAGGAGCAGAACAUCUUGAAACUCUGGCUAAAGUGAAGAUAAUGGCAUUUGAUAAAACAGGUACAAUUACCACAGGGGAGUUUAUUGUUGCAGAUUUCAAACCAAUUCUACAGGAUGAUCAUAUUACCUUGGACAAGCUACUGUACUGGGUUUCAAGUAUCGAGAGCAAGUCAAGUCAUCCAAUGGCAGAAGCACUGGUUAAGUAUGCAAAGUCAUAUUCUGUUGAUCCGAAGCCAGAUGAAGUUGAGGAGUUUCAUAACUUUCCAGGUGAAGGAAUUUAUGGGAAGAUUGAUGGGAAAGACAUCUAUAUCGGAAACAAAAGAAUUGCUCUUCGAGCAGGUUGUUUAACAUUACCAACCAUAGGAGAUGAUGAAAUGGAAGGAAAGUCUAUUGGAUACAUAUUCUCAGGGUCUUUUCCUGCUGGAAUUUUCAGCCUGUCUGACGUUUGUCGUACUGGAGUCAAAGAGGCCAUCCAAGAGCUUAAAUCAAUGGGCAUAAAAACAGCUAUGCUUACAGGAGAUCAUCAAGCGGCAGCAAAGCAUGCACAAGAUCAGAUCGAUGGUGCUCUAGAACUUGUCCAUUCUGAACUUUUACCCGAAGACAAGGCAAGAAUAAUUAAGGAUUUCCAGCAUGAAUCAACUACUGCAAUGAUUGGCGAUGGCCUAAAUGAUGCUGCAGCAUUAGCCACUGCUGAUAUUGGUAUUUCCAUGGGAAUUUCUGGUUCAGCACUAGCAAUGGAAACUGGGAACAUAAUUCUCAUGUCAAAUGAUAUCCGAAAGAUACCCCUAGCCGUUCGACUUGCAAGGAAAACGAAACUGAAAAUCCUUGAAAAUUUAUUUUUGUCAGUUAUCACCAAGACUGCUAUAGUUGUUCUAGCUAUCAUGGGGCAUCCGCUUGUUUGGGCUGCUGUUCUUGCAGAUGCAGGGACAUGCUUGCUCGUUAUCUGCAACAGUAUGUUACUCUUAGCACAUAAAGAUAACCACAGUAAAGGGAAUUUUAAAUCUUCUAUUUCAAGACAUGGCAACAGAAUUGCCCUUAGCCACAAGCACUGUUGCUCUGUUAUUAAAAGACUGAAGAAACAUAUGCACACAAGACAUUUUCCCAAAAAAUGUUCUGCGCAAAGUCUCUCCAAUGGCAUCUGCUCACUGUCAUGUGGGUUCCAAAUGAAGACGACUUUAGCUAAAGAUCAAGGUUGUUGUGAAUUUGAUGAUCAAAAAUCUCAAGGAGUACAGCACAAUGUAGCCAUUUUCGAGUCAGAACCCCAUUGUCGCCAACGUUGUUGCUCUGCUAACCAAGUUGAGACGAAGUGCAUUCCUCAUUUUAAUUCUCCAAAGUAUCAAUGUGAAUCUAUGAAUUCAAAAUCAUUUGGGGAGAUUGGGCUACUCCCCAAAGAUCAUAGUGGGUGUGAACAUGAUGUUCCAGUUCAUGGAGUGCAACAAAAUGUAGUCAUUUCCGAGUCAAAUUCUCAUUGUCACCAACGUUGUUGCUCUGCUAACCAAGAUGAGACAAGGUGCAUUCCUGGUUUUAAUUCUCCAAAGAAUCAAUAUGAAUCUGCAAGUACAAAAUCAUUCGGGAAGAUGGAGCCACUCCCCAAAGACCAAGGUUGCUGUGAACUUGAUGAUAAUCCAGCUCACGAAGUCCAACAGAAUGUAGCUAUGUCCGAGUCGGAAUCCAAGUGUCACCAGCAUUGUUGCCCUGCUAACCAAGUUGAGAGAAAGUGCAUUCCUCAUUUCAAUUCUCCAAAGCAUCAAUCUGAAUCUGCGAGUCCAAAAUCAUUUGGGGAAAUUGAGCCAUUCCCCAAAGAUCAAGGUUAUUGUGAACUUGAUGAUAAUCAAGCUCGCGAAGUACAACAGAAUGUAGCCAUUUACGAGUCAAAAUCCAAGUGUCAACAACAUUGUUGCUCUGCUAACCAGGUUGAUAUAAAGUGCAUCCCUGAUUCUAAUCCUCCAAAGCAUCAAUGUAAAUCUGGGAGUCCAAAAUCAUUUGGGGCAAUGGAGCCACUCUCUAACUCUGCUGCAACUGAUGGCUGCUGCGAUAAUGGUGAUGAUAAGCUGGAUUCUAAUGUUGACUUUCAAAGUUCAGAAGUAAGGCAGGUCAGGGGUUGCUGUAAGAAAGAGUGUUGCGGCAAGGCUCCACUCUUUGAAUUGGCUUUAGGAGGGAUAUUAUCAGAAAUUGUGAUAGAGUAAAUUAAUUAGUCAAGUACUUAAGUGAGGUUCCUGGACACAAGAUGCUUGAAAUUGUAGAUAAGUUUGGUUUGUGCAAAAGAUGCUGAUUAUGUAUCCAAAAAGUGUGGUUUGCAAUAAGCAAUGAACUUAACAAAAUUGCGGGAUCGCAUAA